GCGCGCGGAGCAGCUGAGAGGGGAGCGUCAUGGCGGUGUAGAGAGGAUUACAGUCAAUGUUUACUUUCUGUUUACCGUGUUUUUUCUGCUUUCACUCCGGUUUACCGGCAACAGCGCGGAUCUUCUGCUGCAGCGGCGACAGCAGACGUGUGUGUGUUUCUUUGAGCCUCUGCUACACACACAGCGACUGAUCCAGGUUCAGGUCAGUCAGUGUGUUUACCGCCAGCAAGACUGUGAUCCUCUCAGCUGCCGUCCUGGAGUCAUGGUUGAAGAGGUGCAGCAGAGUUUGGAGGCUCGUGGGAGCUCCGGACUGCAGGAUGAACAGGUCCCGUUUGCGCUGCUGCUCGGCGAGUGUGUGGACCAUGUGGAGAAAGCACUGGAGUGUGUCCUUGCCUUAACCAGCUACCGCCUUCACAUCAAACUGCAGGAGAACAGCAUCAGUGUUCCUCUGCAGCUGAUUGAGAGUGUGGAGAGUCAUGAACCGACGCAGAUUCAGCUCACCUGUAAAGACUGUAAACUCAUCAGGUGUAACUUCCUGUCUGCGGAUCAGUGUCAGGAUUGGCUACGGAGGAUCAGUGCAGCGUCUGGACCGCCAGCUCGUCUGCAGGAACUCUUCGCCUUCAGCUUCCUGUCCUGCAGCACCAGUGUGUCUGCAGAGGACAGAGAGGUGCAUGAUGGGAUAUGCAGAGCAGGAGGUCACAAGCAGAGAUUUAAGCGAGAGCUGCAAAGGAUGGGCUUCGACAUGCACAGUGCCUGGAGAAUCUCCAACAUCAACAGCAACUACAGGGUUUGUUCAAGUUACCCGGAGCAGAUAUUGGUGCCGGCUGCAGUCACUGAUCAGCAGCUGGAGAACGUGGCGGCGUUCAGAUCAUGGAAGAGGAUCCCGGCCGUCGUUUACAGGCACCAGAGUUCGGGCGCUGUGAUUGGUCGAUGUGGGCAGCCAGAGGUCAGCUGGUGGGGCUGGAGGAACGCUGAUGAUGAGCAUCUGGUACAAGCCAUUGCCAAAGCCUGCGCUACAGAUCCGGCAGCAAACACAGCGCAUGCUAACGGCUCCUGUGUUCACAAUCAUGUUAACGGCACCAUCAGUGGCUCCGAUCCUCACAUAGCCAAUGGGAACGUAGAGGCGGAGCCAAAUACCACGCCCCCUCAGAAGCUGUUAAUAAUGGAUGCGCGCUCAUACGCCGCAGCAGUAGCCAAUCGAGCGAAGGGAGGUGGCUGUGAGUGUCCAGAGUAUUAUCCCAACUGUGAGGUGAUGUUCAUGGGAAUGGCCAACAUCCACUCCAUCAGAAAGAGCUUCCAGUGUUUGCGGACGCUCUGCGCUCAGAUCCCGGAUCCACUUAAUUGGCUGUCGGCGCUGGAGAGCACUAAGUGGCUGCAGCAUCUGUCUCUGCUGCUGAAAGCAUCUGUGCUGGUGGUGAACGCAGUGGAUGGAGAACAGCGGCCGGUGCUGGUGCACUGCUCUGAUGGAUGGGACAGAACACCACAGAUCCUGGCUCUGUCCAAACUCAUGCUGGACCCCUUCUACCGGACUAUAGAGGGUUUUGAGGUGCUGGUGGAGACUGAAUGGUUGGAUUUCGGUCAUAAGUUUUCAGAGCGCUGUGGUCACGGUGAGCGAGCAGACGACGUGAACGAGCGCUGUCCCGUGUUCCUGCAGUGGCUGGACUGCGUUCACCAGCUCCAGAGACAGUUCCCAUGCUCAUUCCAGUUCAACGAGGCCUUUCUGGUGAAGCUGGUGCAGCACACGUACUCCUGCCUGUUCGGGACGUUCCUGUGUAACAGUGUGAAGGAGCGAGAGGAGCAGCGCGUACAGGAGAAAACCUGCUCUGUUUGGUCUCUGCUGCGGCCUGCCAAUCAGUCCUUCCACAACAUCCUCUACUCGCGGCGCUCAGAGAUGGUUUUGCGUCCUGUGUGUCACGUGAGGAAUCUGUUGUUAUGGAGUGCAGUGUAUUUGCAUAACUCCGCCCCCUCCACUCCCUCUGAUGAGUCAUGUGUGCCACAGACCACGCCCCCAGCCUCACCCACAUACACACCUGUUAGCAGGUUACCAAAGACUCGAUCAUUUGAAAACCUGCCCACCUCGUGUGAGAAUCUGACCCCGAACCGCCGCAGCAGUGACCCCAGUGUGAAGGAGAAAUGGCAGGAUCAUCUGCUGGCCCUGAAGAUUAACAGAGAAAUCACACACACAUCAGCCCUGCAACACACACUCGCCUUAAACACCACAGCAGCACACUCACAAAAAACCCUUGAGCUUUCUGUGACUGACAGCCAAAUAGAAAACAGAGAACAGGAAGUGACAGAAGACCUAAACAGGAAGCUGGAGCUUCUGUGCAACACAUCCGUUUCACAGGAUUCAUCGUUAAAUAUGAAAAACAAUGACCAAAUAUUUCCUGAGGACUCUACACACAUAGACACUACAUCAGCAGAUGGAUUACAUCACAAUAAUGCUUCACAAUCCAGCAGCCAGUCUUCCAUGGAAAGCGAUUCCAGUUCAAACCACACAACUCAGAAGAAUCCUCUUCACUCUGCCUCCCAGAUGUUAGCAGCGGGAGACGUUUCUCCUCUGUCGGGUGUCUGCAGGCGUUCUGCAGCGUUCGAUCCCCUUGAGAGGGAUGGUUUGAGUGUUCACAGUGAUGCGGUACAGGUGCGUCUGCAGCAGAUGGAGACGGGGCACCAGCUGCAGGUGGAGACACUAAAGAAGCAGGUGCAGGAGCUCUGGAGCCGGAUACAUGCCAACGGAAAACUGUCGUCUCUGCCGGACGGAGACAAUAACAUGGAGUCUGAGUGUUUGCAGCGCAGUGGAGCCACAGAUCUCUCUGAAUCCAGUGCUGAAAACAUCCAGCAGAAGGACACAGAGGUGUCGCAGUGGUUCUCGGAUCAGUCGUCCCGCUGUUACGGGUGCGAGAGGAGAUUCUGGCAGGCGGCGCGGAUGCAUCGCUGCAGGAAUUGUGGGAACGUUUUCUGCACCAGCUGCUGUGACCAGAAGGUGGCGGUGGCGAGCCAGCAGCUCCGGGAGCCCAAACACGUGUGUCAGGUGUGUUUGUCUCACCUGCGGCCUUCACCUGUUCCUCCAGCGCUUCCUCCUGCAGACCUGGAGCUGGAGAAACCCAUCACCGCCAGCUCCAACUGAGCAGAAGAAAAACUCAACACACACACUUACACACAACAACAGAUCUGCAGCUGCAGGAGCAGGUUCACCAAACUCUCUUAAAGGGACAGUACACACUAAAAUGAAGAUUCUGUCAUCAUUUACUCUCGUUCAAACAAGAUGAAAAACAAGACCCUUAUAGUAGUUUUAAAGGGAUUCCAAUUAAUAACUGUUCUUAAAGAGACAGUACACCCCAAAAUAAAAAUUCGGUCAUCAUUUACUCUCUUGUUUCAAACCUGAGAGUUUUCAUUUCUCUGUUGAACAUAAAGGAAGAUAUUUUCUUAAGAAUGCUGGAAAAUCAGACAUUGACUUCCAUAGUAUUUAGUUUAUAUAAAAUAUUAGAACCAUAUAAAAUAGUUUUAAAGGGAUUUGAAUGACUAAUUUAGUUCUUAAAGAGACAGUACACCCCCAAAAAAGCUGUCAUCAUUUACUCACUUGUUUCAAAUCUGUUUGAGUUUCUUUCUUCUGUUAAACACGGAGGAAGAUAUUCUGAAGAAUGCUGGGGAAAAAAAACAUUGACUUCCAUAGUAUUUUGUUUAUAUUAAAUAUUAGAACCAUAUAAAAAUAGUUUUAAAGGGAUUCAAAUGACUAAUUUAGUUCUUAAAGAGACAGUACACCGCAAAACAAAAAUUGUCAUCAUUUAAUCACUUGUUUCAAACCCGCUUGAUUUUCUUUCUUCUGUAGAACAAAAAGCAAAACAAGAUCCCCAAGACAUAUUUUAAGAAAUUCAAAAUAUUAACUUAAUUCUUAUAGAGACAGUACACCCAAAAAAGAAAAUUAUAAUUUUAAAAUGAUUCAUAUAAAUAAUUUAGUUCUUAAAGAGACAGAACACAGAAAAAAAUAAUAAUUCUGUCAUCAUUUAAUUCUUGUUUCAAACCUGUUUGAGUUUCUUUCUUCUGUGGAACACAAAACAAGACCUCUAUAAAAUGUUUUGAAAGGAUUCCAGUUAUUAACUUCCUUCUUAAAGAGACAGUACACCCAAAAAUUACAAACCUGAGUGAGUUUCUUUCUUCUGUUGAACACGGAGGAAGAUAUUCUGAAGAAUGCUGUGGGAAAAAAUUUGACUUCCAUAGUAUUUAGUUUAUAUUAAAUAUUAGAACCAUGUAAAAUAGUUUUAAAGAGAUUCAAAUUACUAAUUUAGUUCUUAAAGAGACAGUACACCACAAAACGAAAAUUGUCAUCAUUAAAUCACUUGUUUCACUUGUUAACCACCCCGUUUGAUUUUCUUUCUUCUGUAGAACACAAAGCAAAACAAGACCUCUAAAACAUUUAAGAAAUUCUAAAUAUUAACUUCAUUCUUAAAGAGACAGUACACCCAAAAAAGAAAAUUAUAAAUAAUUUUAAAAUGAUUAAAAUAAAUAACUUGGUUCUUAAAGAGACAGUACACCCAAAAAUCGAAAAUUCCGUCUUCAUUUACUCACUUGUUCAAAUCUGUGUGAGUUUCUUUCUCGUUGAACAAAGAUAUACCGAAGAAUGUUGAAAAAAAAAAACCAUUGACUUCCAUAGUAUGUUUUUAUAUGAACUAUUAGAACAAUAUAAAGAAUUGUUUUAAAGGGAUGUGAAUGACUAAUUUUGUUCUUAAAGAGACAGUACACCCCCCCCCCUCCCAAAAGUGAAAAUUCUGUCCUCAUUUACUCUCUUGUACAAACCUGAGUGUGUUUCUUUCCUUUGUUUAAUGCAAAGGAAAACGAGACCCCUAUAAAGUAAGUUUAAAAGGAUUCAAAUUAAUAACUUCUUUCUUAAAGUGACAGUACACCCAAAAAUGUCAAUUCUGUCAUCAUUUACUCACUUGAUCGAACCUGUUUGAGUCUCUUUCUCCUGCUGAACACAAAGGCAGAUAUACUUCACCAUUAUGCACCUAUGCUUAUUUUCUUAGAGACAGUUCAACCUAAAAAAAUAUAGAUUAAUAAAUUCUAAUUUACCUGCACUCAAGUGGUUCUAAAUUAUAAUCCUCUGAAUUUAUUAAACAUACUAUGAUUUAAAGAGACAGUUCACCCAAAAAUAAAAUGUCCUCAUUUACUGGAAGAUAUACUGAAAUAUUUUGGAAAAAGCAGCCAUUGCCUUCCACAGUAGGAACACAAACUAAAUAUUAUGGAUGCCUGUUUUUCCAGCAUUCUUCAGAAUAUCUUCCUUUGUGUUCAACAGAAGAAAGAAACUCAUACCAGUUUGAACAAGUGAGUAAAUGAUGACAGGAUUGACAUUUUUGGGUGUACUGUUCCUUUAAGGCAAGUUGUUAUUCUAUUACAUUAAAAUAAAAAGAUCCGAAUAUAUAUUUAGAAUUUUGUUAAUUUUUUUAACUUUUAAAAGGAUAUUCAGAAAUAUUUAAAGAUUUUUAUAUUAUAUUUACACACAUAUAUA